AUGUCAAUUUAUACUGACCCCAAGCUGCGCCCUGCACUGGACGAGUCUCUGUAUUCUCCGGACAGCGAAGAACUUGCCUUUUACAAAUCGGAAACAGGUAUCGCCGACGAGGAACAGCUCAAGAAACAUAUUAUUGCGGCGCAGACAAAGGCAUAUGAGGUUUAUGGCUAUCCAUGCAUACGAAGCUUCGGUUUCAUGAGGAUGAAAAUAUCUCGCUUGCCCGCUUAUCCACGAGUAAAGCGGCUCGUCCAGGAGAGGGAGAGCCCAAUUUUGCUUGACAUUGGGUGUUGUUUUGGAAAUGACGCCAGAAAGGCGGUAGUCGAUGGGUGGCCCGUUCAGGACGUUAUUGCGUCCGAUCUCCGUCAAGACUUCUGGCAAUGCGGGCACGAUUUAUUCAAGACAACUCCCGCCAGUUUUCCGGCAGCAUUUGUGGCCGGAGAUGCGUUCGACGAUUUAAUGAUCGCACCUCGAGCGCCAUUCUAUGAGAAGCCAGAAACUCUCCAUCCCGCCUUGAAUACUCUCGCAUCACUGACACCUCUUCAAGGGCACAUCUCUGCUAUCCAUGCGUCAUCAUUCUUUCAUUUAUUCGAUGAGGCACAACAAGAGGUGCUCGCUCGUCGCGUUGCCACUUUGCUUUCGCCCGAACCUGGCUCUGUCAUUUUCGGUCUGCAUGGUGGGCUACCUGAGAAAGGUCUUCGAGCUGAAGUUAGCCGCGCAGGCCGUCGUAUGUUCUGCCAUUCUCCAGAUGGUUGGCGUGAACUAUGGGACGGCCAGGUCUUUUCGAAAGGUACGGUACAAGUGGAGGCGACCUUGAAGGAGUACAAUAGACCUGGACCGUUGCUGGACACUGGCGCAUUCUAUCUGUUGAUCUGGUCUGUGACCCGAAUAUAA